UUAGUCCACGCUUAAAAUCACAAACCUCUUUCCCAAGAUUUAGGUACCACUACUGAAUUCCCAUCACCAAUUUUCCGACCUUUUUUCCGUUCACCGGAAAUCAACCUCCGACAUCUUUUCCGGUGAACCCCACCUUCUUCCUGUUGACAGUACAUUCAUCUGUUCUGGUCCCCUAUAUGUGCACAAGUAUAUAACAAUACAUAAUACACAUAACCACAGACAUAUAUUCACACCGAAGCUUCCUUUUUUAUCUCCAUCUUUCUCUUUCCCUCUUUCUUCUGCCCAUUGCUCAAAAAACUCCAUUUACAUAUAUAUUAUUCACACUCUAUAAAUACUUGCUUUCUUCAAUAUUGAGUUUUCUUCUUCUUCUGCCUUUUCUUUCUCGACCAGCAGCCUUUAUAUGAUCCUGAUAAUCAGUACAGUAUAUUGUUUUUCCUGAAUCCUGUACUUAGGUUUCUGAUUAUUCUACUUAACGUGUAGUCCAAUUCGUAUUCUGUUUAUUUUCGUCUCGAAAUAAAUAGGGUACCUAUAACCUAUUUAGUCGUUGCACUUUCUAAAACUGCAGACCUGUACAAGACCUCAAAUUUCAAUCAUAUAUUUGUGGAAUAGGAUUGUUAGAUCAAUUUCUGAAACCAUACAGUGAACAAUUUGUUACUAGUAGAGUUGGUUUAGUUGUUUAUAUAUACAGAUGUCAACAUCGUUGUGAUUUGUGAAAUGGUGUGAGUAGAGGUUGGGUUUCGAUAAAAGUUGAUAAUGGCGUAUAAUCCAAGUCAUAUGUCACAAGAAAUGGAUAUGCACCAUUUCUCUGAUGAAAAUUCAGCAGUUUUACGGAGUAUAUUACCGGAACAGCUAGCUCAGUCCUCGCCGGACGUUAAACCGCUGGACCACCAGCAGCCGCCGACGUGGCUCAACAGCGCAAUCCUCCGACAGGAAAGUCAUUAUACCGGUACCGGUGGUCGUGGUGCCGGUGAGAAUUUCCUCAAUUUGCACUCAAACUCGGAGUUGUCGGCGGCAGCUUCACAAGCCUCAAAUCAGUGGCUAUCGAGGUCGAUUUUACAGAGGAACGUAAGCGAUGUCAAGACAUCCAAUAAUUCAUCAGCCGUAAUGGCCGCCGCGGAUUUGAAGAACGACGACGGGAAUAAUAACAACGAUAACGGGAACAACAACGCCGGCGGUCAGUUAACUGACAGUGAAGUCGUCGGUGGCGGCGGCGGCGGGACCGACGGAAUUCUCAAUUGGCAAAAUGCGGGGUAUAAAGCUGAAAUUUUAGCACAUCCCUUGUUUGAGCAGUUGUUAUCAGCACACGUGGCGUGCUUGCGAAUAGCGACGCCUGUGGAUCAGUUGCCGAGAAUUGAUGCACAGCUGGCACAAUCACAGCAAGUAGUAGCGAAAUAUUCCAGCCUUGGACAAAAUAUUGGUGAUGAUAAGGAACUUGAUCAGUUUUUGACACAUUACGUCCUGUUGCUUUGUUCCUUUAAAGAACAACUACAACAACAUGUUCGUGUCCAUGCAAUGGAAGCAGUCAUGGCUUGCUGGGAGAUUGAGCAGUCAUUGCAAAGCUUAACUGGAGUUUCUCCAGGAGAAGGUACAGGUGCUACAAUGUCUGAUGAUGAAGAUGACCAGGUGGAUAGUGAAGCCAAUUUGUUUGAUGGAAGUUUAGACGCUCAUGAUGGCAUGGGCUUUGGUCUUCCAACAGAGAGUGAGAGGUCAUUGAUGGAGCGUGUGAGGCAGGAGCUAAAGCAUGAGCUGAAACAGGGUUACAAGGAAAAACUUGUGGAUAUUAGGGAGGAAAUUCUGCGAAAGAGAAGGGCAGGAAAACUCCCGGGCGAUACUACCUCUGUCUUGAAAGCUUGGUGGCAAUCACAUGCGAAGUGGCCAUACCCCACUGAGGAAGAUAAAGCUAAACUGGUACAAGAAACAGGCCUUCAACUAAAGCAGAUAAAUAAUUGGUUCAUCAACCAAAGAAAAAGGAACUGGCACAGCAAUCCUUCCUCUUCUACUACUUCGAAGAGCAAACGCAAAAGGUGAAACUGCAAAAACUAUCAUACAAGAGAGAAGGUAUAAUCAACUUAUUAACAAGCUUCCUUGGAUAUUUUUGCUCGUGCGUCCAGCUCAAUUAGCAUAUGUGAUAUUGGUUACUAUAUAGUAUAUACAAAGAGGAUCCUUGAUUUGGCUGCAUCCAAGGAGUGAUUCACUUAAAACAACAGGUCAGUUAUUUCUCAACUGCAGAAUAACUGUUAAAAACAGGUGCUACUGCUUACAUGAUGAGCAAAGGCGCGCUAGUGGUUUAUCGUAUAGUCAGAUGGGGAGGGAUGAUGAUUAAUAUAUAUCAAUCAGCUCCGCUUUAAGAUCACAAAGUAGUUGGGAUUGAUAUGAAUCGUCUAUAUUCAUUCUGCGUGGAUUGAAUGGGCGGAAAAGUCAGUGACUCAUUGCUGAUAUUACAACAUUUUUGUUACUAUUUACAGUAUUUUUGUAUGGGUUAGAUGUGGGGGUGUACAGUUGAAUAAGCUCGGCUCCAUCAAUAACUUUUCUUGUAGCCAUGUAAGAUUGACAAAAUGUGUAGGUUUUCUUAUCGCUAUAGUUGGCUCA